AGAAGAGCAAGAAAGACAGGAAAAGGACGAACCUAGCAAGGUCACGUUUGGUUUGUCCUACCUCCGUCAUUCGGUGAAAGCAGCAAGUGGAAACCCUUCUUGGAGAAAGCGGGGACUCGGUACAGCUGAAAUUACACUCUCAUUUUAAAGAUGGCCAGCCCGAAAACCAAAAUGCAUCAACUUGCUGCCGCCGAGGAAUACUGCUUGCUGGAUCACCUAAGUGCUUUGGAUAUCGAUUCUCCACCAAUCUACCCAAGGUUAACCGGAAUCAUUUGCACUAUUGGUCCUGCCUCCAAGGAGGUCAACACCCUCGUACAGAUGAUCAAGGCUGGCAUGAACAUUAUCAGGUUAAACUUUUCGCAUGGAUCUUAUGAGUAUCACGCCAAUACCAUCAAAAAUGCCCGAGAAGCUAUUCGUAAAGUUGCUGAAGAGGAAGGUUUGGCUUCCUGCCCCGUUGCUAUUGCUCUCGAUACCAAGGGCCCCGAAAUAAGAACUGGAUUACUUGAAGGGGGUGCAACCGCAGAAGUCGAAAUGAUGAAGGGAAAGACCGUCAGAGUAACAACCGACGAAGCCUAUUUGGAAAAGUGUUCGGCGGAGAAUCUCUACCUGGAUUACAAGAACAUAACCAAAGUAGUGAAAGAAGGCAGCCGGAUCUACGUGGACGAUGGACUGAUCUCUCUAGUAGUGAAAACGAUUGGUUCUAAUUAUGUUGACUGCGAAAUUGAGAAUGGCGGUAUGCUGGGCAGCAAAAAAGGUUGCAACUUACCUGGUGCUGAAGUGGACUUGCCCGCCGUAUCUGAAAAAGACAAGCAGGAUUUAUUGUUUGGUAUCGAACAGGAUGUGGACAUGGUCUUCGCUUCCUUUAUUCGAAAUGCCAAAGGAGUAAAGGAAAUCCGUGAUAUCUUGGGAGAGAAAGGAAAACACAUCAAAAUUAUUCCCAAAAUUGAAAAUCACGAAGGUGUCAAAAAGAUUGAUGAAAUCAUUGAAGCCUCCGAUGGCAUCAUGGUUGCCCGUGGUGACUUGGGCAUUGAAAUUCCUACUGAGAAGGUGUUCCUAGCACAGAAGAUGAUGAUUGCCAAAUGCAACAUUGCCGGAAAGCCAGUUAUUUGUGCUACGCAGAUGCUGGAGAGCAUGGUUAAGAAACCUAGGCCCACCCGGGCCGAAAGCUCUGAUGUGGCCAAUGCUGUAUUAGAUGGUGCUGACUGUGUGAUGUUGUCCGGGGAGACGGCAAAGGGCGAGUACCCCAUUGCUGCGGUGCAAGUGAUGCACGCCAUCUGCUGCGAGGCGGAGGCUGCAGUUUUCCAUAGAAACGUGUUCAGUGACCUCAUGCUGAAGACCCCGAUUCCUACCGAUCAAACCACUUCAGUUGCCAUCGCUGCUGUCAAUGCUGCCAAUAAGUCUCUGGCUGCCGCUAUUAUUGUUCUGACAACCACUGGAAGGACAGCACAUUUGAUUUCCAAAUAUCGACCACGAUGUCCAAUUAUUGCCAUUUCCAGGGUGGGCUUGACAACCAGGCAGGCACAUCUUUACAGAGGCAUAGCUACAAUCCAUUACACAGCUGAGAGGCUGCCUGACUGGACACAGGAUGUGGACAAGCGAAUCCAGUAUGCAGUAGACUUUGGAAAGAAGAGGAACUACAUCAAGAGCGGCGAUGCUCUCGUCAUCGUGACAGGUUGGCGCCAAGGAGCAGGAGCUACCAACACCAUGCGCAUCAUCACCGUGGAGUGAUAACCGUUCCCUUCUCAUUUCACACAGCCUUUGUUUGUUUUCUCAUUUAGUUUCUCUGUGCUGCUAGUCUUGAUAAUUUAUCAAGGAAAUUUCACAUAAUUUAUUUGGAAUCCCACUGUGUGGUGUGAAGCUUAUUCGAACUGAACCUCUGUAUUCAAUGCCUUCAUUGUUGUAUGUUUCUAUAUGACUUCAAAACUGAGAACAAUGCUUUCUUAAAGAAAGGAGAGAUAAAAAAUAUCUAUGUAUUGUUACACAGAAUAAAAAUCUUUAUAAAAAGA